UCAUAUGUGAUUAAGAAUCACAUUUUGUGUCAGAAGAAAAAGAAAAAUCUGUUGGAUUUUUUUUGGAUUUUUUUUUUUUUUUUUAAAUUUAAGGACUUUUGCAUCCAUCAGCGGACAACAUGUGUACAGGAGCGUGUUCUAAAGUCAUUGCAGUCUGCCUCUAUGUUCUGGCUGCUUUGUCAGUCAUCUGCAACAUUAUGCUGUUUUUCCCUGACUUUAGUACCGAAUAUGCAGCUACCGACAGGGGUGGCGAGAACCGGAUCACCGCGGAGGUCAAAUACAUGGGGGGGCUGAUAGGAGGAGGAAUCAUGGUCCUUAUUCCUGCCAUCCAUAUUCAUCUGACUAGUGCUAAAAACUGCUGUGCUAACCGCUGUGGGAUGUUCCUGUCCAUUGGUUUUGCUGCUGCUGGUGUGGUGGGUGCUGUGUACAGUUUAAGUGUAGCUGCCUUAGGUCUGGCUAACGGACCUCUGUGCUACUGGUCAAAUGCAGACAACAUAAUUCCACAAUGGGGGACACCCUUUUUUAAUAGUACUGGCAGUUACCUAGGUGACAAGGACAUGUGGAAGUGGUGCAAAAUUCCUGAGAAUGUGGUUGGGUUCAACGUGGGGCUGUUCUCCACUCUGCUGGUGGCCUCCUGUCUGGAGCUGGUCCUCUGUGCUAUUCAGAUGGUCAACGGUCUGUUUGGGUGUCUGUGUGGCACAUGUGGUGGCAAGGAGUGAAGUGAAAUGAACUACAGUAGGGAUGACAGAGUAAACUGAACUCCAACACAUCAUGACCGCUUGAAGGAGAAAUGAAGUAAUGAUAAUGAUUGCCAUUCAUCACCAUCUGUCAUCCUCAUCAUCAUCAUCCUCAUCAUCAUCAUCGUCAUAAUCCAAAUUAUAUUGUAUUAUGCCAUGACCAUUUCCACACAACUUAACAUAAUUAAUGUGCUGAAGAUGCUGUGUA